GGGCGAGCCAGCUGAAACACAUGGACACAAGCUCAUCUGCACACUGGAGACAUGCUGUGUUGCUGAAUGGGUGACAAGCUCCCAGUCACCUCACGUACCCUGUGAAGCCCCCGUCCCAUCUCAUUGUGCAGGACAGGGUCCCCCGGCAAAGUGACAGUGAUGUACCAGGAGGUGGCCUUCCUGGCUGGUAGCACUGAGCACCAGUUCACCCCCUUCCACUUCAAGCAGGUGGAGAACCCGCACAAGGUCAAAACCAACAAGGGUUUGUUCUACAAGCGAGCCCAGCUCCUGCUCCAGCCUCAGUCACGCCAACAGGAUGGAGACGAGAUCGGCCUCUCGGACGGGUCGGCCAUCAUCAACGUUGGAGGGAUCAAGUACCGCAUCCCCUGGUCCACGCUGGAGGAGUUCCCCCUGACCAGACUGGGCAAGCUACGCAGCUGCAGCAACGAGGACGAGAUCAUGGACCUGUGCGACGACUACGACGGCAGCCGCAACGAGUACUUCUUCGACCGAAGCCCGUCGGCCUUCCGCACCAUCGUCUCCUUCUUAGCGGCGGGGAAGCUGCGGCUGCUCAGGGAGAUGUGCGCUCUGUCCUUCCAGGAGGAGCUGCUGUACUGGGGGGUGGAGGAGAUCAACCUGGACUGGUGCUGCCUCAGGAAGCUUCGGCUCAGGCAGGAGGAGUACAAGGAGCUGCAGAGGUUGGAGGAGGAGGAGGCCGAGCUCACCUCGCCGCAGUCCUGCGAGGACAGCCAGCAGCCUCCCGGAGCAGGGCCCCCGGAAGAGGCCCACUCGGGGGGCUGCAUGCGGAGACUGAGGGACAUGGUGGAGAACCCCCAAUCGGGCCUACCGGGGAAGAUCUUCGCCUGUCUGUCGGUGAUAUUUGUAGCCAUCACCACGGUGACGCUGUGUGUCAGCACCAUGCCGGACCUCAGAGAGGAGGAGGAGAGGGGUGAGUGCUCCCAGAGGUGCUACAACAUCUUCGUGCUGGAGACGGUGUGCGUUGCCUGGUUCUCCCUGGAGUUCAUGCUGCGCUUCAUUCAGACGCAGAGCAAGUGUAUGUUCUUGCGAACGCCUCUAAACGUCAUCGACGUGGUGGCCAUCCUUCCCUACUACGUCACCCUCAUCGUGGACUCUCUGUCGGUGGGAGGGAAAUCUGCGGGCUCUGGGAACAACUACCUGGAGAAGGUGGGGUUAGUCCUCCGAGUCCUGCGAGCUCUACGGAUCUUCUACGUGAUGAGGCUUGCUCGCCAUUCCUUGGGCUUGCAGACGCUUGGUCUGACCGUGAAGAGGUGUACGCGCGAGUUCGGCCUGUUGCUGCUUUUCCUUUGCGUUGCCAUGGCACUUUUCUCCCCGCUGGUGUUCCUUGCUGAGAGCGAGUUGGGCGCCAAGCAGGAGUUCACAAGCAUCCCCGGUAGCUACUGGUGGGCCGUCAUCUCCAUGACCACGGUCGGCUACGGCGACAUGGUGCCCAGAAGCAUCCCCGGCCAGGUGGUGGCGCUCAGCAGCAUCCUGAGCGGCAUCCUCCUCAUGGCUUUCCCCGUCACCUCCAUCUUUCACACAUUCUCGCGCUCCUACUUGGAGCUGAAGGAGGAACAGAUCCGGGCGCUGAGGCAGAAGCCGGACUCUCAGGACAGCACCAAGUCCCAGAACAGCGAGGACUCUCAGGAGACGGACAGCUACCACGGCAUCACGGAGGCCGCGGCUUCAUCCAUACAGCGGAGGAAGUCCAUGGCUGCACGCAGAGCUGCUGAGAUUAAAGUGUCCAUUAAAACUUAG